AUGCCUGGCCUGCUGAACUGCCUCACAGGGGCAGCCCUGCCUCUCACCGCAUCCGACAUCACCUCCUACGUCAGUGGCUAUGCCCUGGGCCUGACGGCCUCCCUCACCUACGGCAACCUGGAGGCUCAGCCCUUCCAAGGUCUCUUCGUGUAUCCCAUUGAUGAGUAUACCACCGUGGUUGGUUUUGAAGCAGUCAUUGCUGACCGUGUUGUGACCAUACAGCUCAGAGACAAAGCCAAACUGGACAGAAGCUACUUGGAUAUCCAAUCGGCCACUGUCACAGGGAACUUUCCGGAAGACGAGAUUCCUAUCGCGCCGGGAAAGGUGACCUUGGAUGAGGAUCUGGAGCGGAUUCUGUUCGUGGUCAACCUGGGGACCAUUGCUCCCAUGGAGAAUGUCACCGUCUUCAUCAGCACCUCUUCCGAACUCCCCACGCUGCCCAGCGGGGCUGUGAGGGUUCUUCUGCCGGCCAUCUGCGCCCCGACUGUGCCUCCAUCCUCUCCUCAGAGGUUUGGCUCCUCCAGCCAACAGCCGCGAGGCAAAGACCCACACUGCUUCGGCACCCAGACGAAGGACUCCUAUAACAGGCUGUGUCUGGCCACUCUCCUGGACACAAAGGUGACCAACCCAAUGGAAUAUGAAUUCAAAUUUCAGCUGGAAAUCCGUGGGCCGUGUCUGCUCGCAGGGGUAGAGAGUCCCACUCAUGAAAUCCGAGCAGACGCUGCCCCAUCAGCACACUCAGCCAAGAGCAUCAUCAUCACCUUGGCCAAAAAGCAUACCUUUGACCGGCCAGUGGAGAUCCUUCUCCACCCCAGUGAGCCUCACAAGCCACACGUCCUGGUGGAGAAAGGGGACAUGACCCUGGGGGAAUAUGACCAGCACCUGAAGGGAAAAGCAGACUUCAUCCGGGGGACAAAGAAAGACACCAGCGCAGAGCGGAAGACAGAAGUCAUCCGGAAGCGUCUCCACAAAGACAUUCCCCACCACUCAGUCAUCAUGCUCAACUUCUGCCCUGACCUCCAGUCUGUGCAGCCCAACCCGAGGAAGACGCAUGGGGAGUUUAUCUUCCUCAUCGACAGAAGCAGCAGCACAAGCAAGACCAACAUCCAGCGCAUCAAGGAGGCCAUGUUGGUGGCACUCAAGAGCCUCAUGCCAGAAUGCCUCUUCAAUGUUGUUGGUUUUGGAUCCACAUUUAAGACAGUCUUUACUUCCAGUCAGAUCUACAAUGAGGAGAACUUGGCCUUGGCAUGUGACUGCAUCCAGAGAAUGCGGCCUGACAUGGGAGGCACCAACAUGCUCUCCCCACUCAAGUGGGUCCUCCGGCAGCCACUGCACCAAGGUCACCCACGGCUCCUCUUCCUGAUCACGGAUGGGUCUGUGAACAACACCGGGAAGGUUCUGGAGCUGGUGCGGAAUCACGCCUCUUCUACCAGGUGCUAUAGCUUUGGAAUUGGACCCACGGUCUGCUACCGAUUGGUAAAAGGUCUGGCGUCUGUAUCCAAGGGCAGCGCAGAGUUCCUGAUGGAGGGGGAACGGCUACAACCAAAGAUGAUCAAAUCCUUGAAGAAGGCCAUGGCCCCAGUGCUGAGCGAUGUGACUGUGGAGUGGGUCUUUCCCGAGACCACGGAGGCCCUGAUCUCUCCUGUCAGCACCAGCUCCCUUUUCCCUGGGGAACGGCUGAUGGGAUAUGGCAUUGUGUGCGAUGCCUCCUUGUACAUUUCCAAUUCCAGAUCUGACAAAAGGCGAAGAUGUGGCAUGCCACAUGCUCAGGAGUCCAGCAGCUCUGUCUUCUACCACUCUCAGGACGAGGGACUCAGCCCGGGCAGUGGAAACGGUGCCAAGAACUUCAAUCAGGGGCAGAGCAAAGAUGUCCAUCCAUGCGACAGAGAGUCCCCCGCCCAUCACGGUCUGGAUGUCUCCCGACGGCGGAGGGCAUACAGCACUAACCAGAUCUCCAGCCACAAGUCUUGCUCAAGGACCACCACAGCCAGCGACCCCACUGGGACUGCCAGGAGAUACCCACUGCGAAAAGCCAAGGUGCAAGACCUGGCCAAUGAGAGCAGCUCAGAGAGCCAGCAGUGGCAGAUUGAUCUGCAGCACCUACUCCACAGAGGCCGUAACCUGAGCCAGGGCCCCAAACUUCAUGGCCCCGGAGCCCGCAGGCCCUCCCUGCUGCCUCAAGGCUGCCAGAGGUUCUUUGGCCAGGAGCCCCAGGUCUGGAGCCCUGUGAGAGAGCUGGAUCGCGGUUCUAGCCAGAAGUCUGCCCCUAACAGCCGAAGCUCUGAGGACCUGAAGCCAGCCCACUGUCCCUCGACCUUCGAACUGGAGACACCCUUAGACUUGGAGCCCAUGGCUGAGUCAGAGGAGCAUGCCAGUCCCUGCAGAACCGCCACUCCAAGCCCUGUGCUGGGCAAGGCCUUGGUCAAAGGCCUGUGCGACAACCAGCGCAUGCAAUGGGAAGUGAGUUUCGAGCUGGAGCCUCCAGCCCUGCAAAGGGGGGACACACAGAACGCUGACAUGUGGAGCGAGACUUUCCACCACCUGGCGGCCCGCGCCAUCAUCCGCGAAUUCGAGCAUCUGGCAGAGCGGGAAGACGAGAUCGAGCUUGGGUCCAAUCGCCGCUACCAGGUGAACGCCGUGCACACCAGCAAGGCCUGCAGCGUGAUCAGCAAGUACACAGCCUUCGUGCCUGUGGACAUAAACAAGAGGCAGUACCUGCCCACGGUGGUCAAGUACCCCAACUCUGGUGCCAUGCUCAGCUUCCGGAACCUGACCCGACAGUGGAAGGGCUUCUCCCCUGGCCUUGGAAGGCCCCAAACUAUGAUCAGAGAGCACUCCUCGGCUGCAGGAGACAACCUACAAGAAAGCCUUACUUCAACCUUCAAUAAAACCCCAUCCCCCGGCCACGAGAAGAACACUGCGGCAGAAGGUCCCCCUCAAAACCUGUCCACCAGUACUCUGUCCUCCACGAAGGCCUCGGAGUCUCUCUUUGGAUCUAAGUUGAAUAUCAACAAGCCCAAGCUACUGAGCCGAGCUACCAAAGGCUUUCUCAGCAAAUCCUCGCCCAAGGUUCCAGAGGCAACCUCAGGCAACCAGAACUCCGACUACAUACCCCUGGUGUCUCUGCAGCUGGCAUCCGGAGCCUUCUUGCUCAAUGAAGCCUUCUGCAAGACCAUCCAGAUCCCCAUGGAGAAACUCAAGUGGACCUCACCCUUUUCCUGCCUCCGAAUGACCCUUGUCAGCCGCAGCAAGGAGACUCUGAAGACCCAGAGUCCGCAGGACUGCGCCAGUCUCUCCUCCCCGCCCCCACCCUGUGAGGACAUCUCCCUGAAGUCUGAAGCUGAAGACGGCUCAGACCCGGAGUCCAGUGCACUGCUGGAACACACGGGAAAGCUCUGGGCCACUGCGGUGGCGCUGGCGUGGCUGGAGCACAGCUCGGCUAACUACAUCAUCGAGUGGGAGCUGGUGGCUGCCAAGGCCAGCUCCUGGGUGGAGCAGCAGAAGCUGCCUGAGGGCCGAACCCAGAGCAUGCUCAAGUCCACCGCUCAACAGCUGUUCGUGCUCCUGCGACACUGGGAUGAGAAACUAGAGUUCAAUAUGCUCUGUUACAACCCCAAUUAUGUGUAG